ACCUGCCAGCCUGCUGCCUUGCCUGCCCACCCCACUCCUUGGGGUCAACGUGGUUGUCAAGCACGCGGCCUCCUCUUCCAUUCAAAGCCUUUUGAGCAGAGCCACGUUCUGGGGGCCGUGUGUCUCCAGAUGUGUACUCAGAUACAUACUAUGAUUUCGUUUUAUUUUAAGUUGAUGUGAACCUGCAAAUGACGUGAGCUUGCGUGCCUCUGCUGAGGGAUAGAUACACAAGGGCUUGGAAGAUGUUAAAUACUGAUGUCUUAAUGUCUCUUUCUAUCUUAGUCCAGCGUAAGUGAAAAGUUACUGAGCAGGGGCAGCUUUCCUGGCUCUACCUUAAAAUAUGGAGAAAGAAGAAGUGUCUCAGCAAAUCAAAGUUAAGACCUCUGAACACUGGUCUUGGGGAGAGCUGCUCUGAAGGGGAGGACUUGGACCGUCCUUGGUGUUGGAUUUCAGCGGGAACUCUCCAGCCCCAAUGAUUGCCUCAGGCAGAGGAAACUUUGCUUUACAGCUCUUUUGAUAGCGCAGCAGUGAGCCGUGACUCUUCUGCCCGCUUGUAAGUGCAACUGGUAUGGGUAAUGGUGUGAGAGAAGGUCAAGUGGAUUUCAAACAGCAGGAUGUGGAGCCAAUUAUAUCAACUCAUCUUCCAUCAGAGGGAACACAGGAGAAAAAGAAAGUACUCAAUUCUCUGAUGUCUGGUGCAUUGGCCGGUGCUGUUGCUAAAACAGCAGUAGCUCCACUGGAUAGGACGAAAAUCAUGUUUCAAGUGUCUUCAAAAAGAUUUUCUGCCAAGGAAGCCUACAGGCUGAUUUAUCGCACCUACCUCAAUGAAGGCUUCUGGAGUCUCUGGCGAGGGAACUCGGCCACCAUGGUCCGUGUGAUCCCUUAUGCUGCCAUUCAGUUCUGUGCACACGAAGAGUACAAGCAGCUCCUGGGGAGUUACUACGGCUUCCAGGGAAAGUACAGCAAUAUCGUUCAUGUCUUCAUCCGAAUAUCCCGAGAGGAGGGAUUGAAGACAUUAUACAGAGGAUUCACGCCAACCAUCCUUGGAGUGAUUCCGUAUGCUGGGCUUAGUUUCUUCACCUAUGAGACACUGAAGAAACUACAUGCAGAUCACAGUGGGAAAUCUCAGCCAUCCCCUCCAGAGCGGCUUUUGUUUGGUGCCUGCGCAGGCUUGAUCGGCCAGUCGGCUUCCUACCCCCUGGACGUGGUUCGCCGACGAAUGCAGACGGCAGGCGUUAUGGGACACACGUAUAGCUCCAUCCUUCUCACCAUGCAGGAGAUUAUAAGAGAAGAGGGACUAAUCCGUGGCUUGUACAAAGGACUCAGCAUGAACUGGGUCAAAGGGCCGAUUGCAGUGGGAAUAAGCUUUACAACCUUUGACCUGAUGCAGAUCCUUCUCCGUAAAUUACAGCACAGCACUAACAUUGAAAGGUAGCUUAAUCCCCACAGCCCUUGCUGGGGAGAAGUACAACAUACAUGUAGAAAGAGCAAUGCUAGCGUUCCCUCGCUUGGUUCAUGCUCUCCUGCAGCUGAGAACUUACCUUUCUUGGAUUUUUUUUUUCUUUUGUUGUUGUUGGAUUUUUCCUUUUUAACAAGCCUCUGAGUUGUUUGGAAACCUCAACCUGAAACUAACCCUUUCCUAACUGAAAUUCUUCUCACAGUUCUGCAGAACUGUGUCCUCUAGAGUGACUGCCUCAUCCUUCUGUUUUGCUGUUUGAUACCAGGAGUGGAGCCUCUCGAACAAACACAUGCUGCUUCUGGCUCCUCACCUGGUUUCUGUGGGCAGAUGGAGUGGUAGAUGAUGAAGGAGAAGACUCGGUGCUGUUCAAAUGGGCCCCUGAAUCUGGAAAGUGACUGCUGCUCUCGGUAGGCAGUUCUUAGUUACUGCACAUGUGUUAGCUGGAGGCAGUCUGCCAAGUGCAAUAUUCCAGUUAAUCUGCACAGGGAAUUCCGCAUUCCUCUGACCUGUAAGCAUUGAUCUCCUUAAAACAGGACGCAGCAGGAUUUAACAGCUCCAGGUCACUUCUUUUACUCUGAAAGCUGAUUGUGAGCUCUGGCUGGAAAUGCUGCCCUUUUUCAAAUGUUCUUUUUAUUUCUGGGUUGAAUUGCAUAAAAUAUCCCUUGUGUCCAGUGUCCCUCUGAGAUGACCAAAGACUACAGACAGCAGGAGAGGAAAGUUCUGAGCAGUUUUGUAGAUCAAAUUCUCAUGUCUGUUGUCAGUGUUGAUGAGGGACUGUGCCUGGGUUCACAAACUGGAUUGAAUCAAACUGCAGUAGUGCUUUUGGGCCAUCUGAACCCUCCGUUGUUGUCAUGGUCUUAAAGGCAGCAUUUUCUGAGGGAUUUGGCAGUUUGUAAUGAUGGUGCCCUAGACUAGAAGAGGAGGUGUUAUAUACUUCAAUUUUAAGCAAUUAUUUCCUUCAGUAUUAUUGUUGCUGCUUUAUCUGCAACUCAAGAAUGAACAACUCAAAGAUGCACGUGUGAUGCAGACUUAUCUAUUUUGAAAGGCUAUUCAUGUCUGAUGAACGCAGCGUAGUAGUUGACUAAAGCUGCUGCCCGUGCUUCCGAACAACGUUGUUGUCUUUUGGGUCCUGCUGUGUAGGUCGUAUCACCUCUGUAUAUUAGUCCACACCUAAGCCCACUUGCUUUUAUUCUUAGAGUUCUUCUGGACCAACAGUGUCCUCAGGAGAAUGGGCUCUUCUGAACUAAUAUGUAGUGCCAAUCAUCUCCAGUUACAAUUUGCAAAUGAAUGGUAGCCUUUCAGUGUUUCUCUUUUAAGUCAAUAAUCUUUAGGGAAAUGAAGAUUUGAGGGGGGUUUUGUUUUAUGUUUCCAUUCCUAUAUUAAAUUUGGAGGACAAGAGAGGUCAAAACAAACUGUAGACUUCUCUAAGGAUCAGAUUCCACAAGCCAAGGUUAAAAUCCCUUUCCAGCUGAUAGAAUCUAUAUAGAAGGGAAAUGACAUAUAAAAGAAAAAUAAGGUAGGAUUUAAAAGCUAUCCUUCUCUGGUGUAUAUACUUUAGCCGUUGUAGUUUGAGCCUUGUAUCAUGACUUUAUUAAUGGGAAUGAAGGUAAUUGCACAAUUGGUAGAAAUAGCUUUCUCCUUUCUUUUGUCUUUGCACUUGUUCUCUGGAGCAUAACUUGCUUCUAAUGCCAAAUAUUUCCCUAGGAAUUAAGCACCUACAUUUCCAUUUUGCGGACACGGUAGAGAGCCAGCGUACUGAAGUAUUAGCAUGCAUGUUGUUCCCAGAACACAUGGGAUCAAUCAUACUUUAAUGGUUGUGGAUGGGCAGGUAUUAACCUCAGUAAUUUCUGCCUCUAAGCCCACAAAUGAUUAUUUCCGUUGUGAAACUUGACUGCAAUCACUGAUUUACCUUGUAGUUAAAGAAACGUUAGGUGUUGUCUUUUAUAGGUCUGUAUAGAUGAUAGCCACAAAUUCUGUAAACUUUGUGCUCCCAUUGCUAAUGGAAGAUUAUCAGCUGUUCUUUUCAUAUGGGUGAAUUUUUUAGUCCUUUGCAAGAGCUCUGAUUUUUGUUUCUUUUCUCCAAUGGAGAAGCCAAUUACUUCUGCUCUUGUCUUUGUGACGUUUGGCCCAGUGAGGAGAUAUUAAGACAGUUGCGUCUUACCACGAAAGUGAGGUACAAACCAACAGCUGGGAGUGUCAGCAGUUGACUCUGUGUGUACGUGUGCGUAUGUGUGUCCGACUGUGUGCAAUCCAUGCCAAGUUCUCUCUCAGCUUGGAGGCUGCCGGUGUGAAGAGCAGUCCUUUCCGAGUAGCUGGUGGGUACAAUGUGAACCUGAGAGGAAGCUGAACUGUGGCAACUGAGGUAGAGGGGCUCUUUUGCUCUGCCACGUGGUAGGUCAGCUCAGAGGCAGGUGCAACAGACCUUGUCUUACGUCGAGCAUCACUGAACCCCUGUGGCAACAGAGGUGGCUUAAUUCCUCCUAGGUCCUGACUGAGAAAGGUUUUACACUGGAUGACUAGCCUCCCGUUUGGAACUGAACGGGAGGGCAGAUCUGCACAGAGUACCUUCGGCUGUGUCAGGAGUGCAGCUAAUGUAUUAUAAUGAACACGAAGCCUGCGGAGGAUGCAGCUUCUGCUGGGUGACCCUGGGGAGAGCCUUCUGGCAUCACCCGCUUUGCAGUCAGAGCGUGGUGGAGGCUGAGAAAGGAGACUUGAAGUAUGGCAGGCUUGGAAGCGUUUGCCCCAGAGAAGUUGUACCUUAAUUAGCAGCUGCACCUGAUUUUACUUCAGUGGAAUUCUAGCCAAACAUGUUUUUCCAGACUUUGCAGGCUAAGUGCUUGUUCAGAGACAGAUCUGAAUUCAGUCUGCAAGGAUUUUGGUGCUCUUGUUUCUUGGGCAAAAGUUUAGAGUAACUGUGUGUCUUUGUUUUGGGGUGUUUCAAAUAGCUCUUUUUUUUUUCCCCUUUGAUUUGAAUGUGGGAGAGGAGAAACAGAGUGUUCUCUUCCCUUCUCUUAAUCCUUGCAUGAAUUGAGAUGUGUUCCACAUCUCCCUGCUGCCUGGAACAAGUGCCCAAGGAGUUUUGGGCACGCUGAUUGGAAAGGGAGGGUGCCUGUGUGCUGGCCAAGAAGGUCAAUGGCCUUUAGCUACAAGAAAGAAGGCAAGUCUAGCAGGAAUCUUCUCUAGUUCUUUUUUUUCUUUAGAAUUUUUUUUACUUUCCUAAAUUCCCCAGUUUUUCAUUUUACUAUUCUGAAAUUUCUUGCUUUUAUUUUGAAGUCAUGCGUCUCGUUGUUCUUUAAUGCAUUAGCAGCCAAACAUUAACUUGUGCUUCUUUCUUGUCUACUCUCCCUCCCUCUCUGCUUCUGCACCUUUAGUCCCGCACUAGCACUUCAAGAAAAUCAGGUCCAAUGAAAUGCAUCCAAAAUGACAAAAGGGCAGCUUUGAUAGCUGUUCUUGAAACAGCCUGCCUAGGCUUCUUACUCAAGGGUGAUGAUGUUUGUGUUUGGGGGCAAGAAGUUAAAGGCAUUAGAUGCUGGAACAAAAGGUUUUUUGAAAGGUUCUUGAAUGACUUAUCCAGUCUAGCACCUUCCCUUUUCUGCAUGUUGUGAGAUGCUGCUGCUGCUUGUGAUCUUCUCUCAGUACCUCCAUGCAAUGCCCACUGUGCUCUGUGAAAGUGGUACUUACUGGGUGGAUAACUCUGGGGGAGCUGGUCCUUCAGGAUGACACUGAGAGUACUUAAGGAACGGGAGAAGUGGGACCCGAGCUGGCUUCUCGCAACCCCCUUUGCCCUGCAUGCCCUAUGCUACCUCUGCCUGUUCUCCAGGAAUACAGGGCCACUGAGGAGCAGGCUGGUUGGUGUUGGCAGGACCACGGUGGAAAGAUCAAUUGAGGAGUUGCAAGCUCCCAAGACGUAAAGUCACUGAAAGCCACGGGAUGGGUAGUGUAGUGUAGGUUGGAAUAUCCCUUGGUACUCCAUGGUAGCUCUUCAAAAGCAGAGCUUCAUAGUUUCUGUGGAAAAAUGAUGGUACUUCUGUGAACUUCUCCUUAUAGCCUUUGGCCUAGAAGGACUUGGGCGCCACCAUCUUCACCCCGUGGUGUCUUUAAAACAAAUGCAGGUGAGGUGUAAAAGGAAACUUUCAGCAGAAGCACUGUGGCAACCCUGAGCAUGUCUGCUGGGGCCAGUCGGGGGUGGGCAGUAGGAGAGGAAAGCGGUGUGGUUGCUUCCCCUGACGUUUCUGCGACAUCUGGCUGGGUACUUUGACUCUGCAGAGAGCUAAGGUGGACUGUACGGACCCAGAAAAGGAGGUGGCCUUCCUACAAAACAGCCUUUUCAUUGUCAGGGCUGAUUCCUCCCGCAACCCCUGUUUCUGCCUUCGAUGCCGUGUGAUGCAGGGAUUCCCAGCACUGUUCACUGCCUGUGUGGUCUAUGCAUAUGUUAGCACAAACACUGUUAAAUGCCUUUUGUCAAGAUGUGUCCUCACCAUCAAUGUGUGUGUGUAUGUGUGUCAAUUUUGACUGCUUUUCUUGGAUCUGGAGUUCUAUUUUAUUGCAGUGAAGACACUUUGUUAUAUAAUGUUUAUAUAUUUUAAGAUUUGUGCCAAGAGAGGAUGUAUAUUUAAUAAAAAAUUUAAUUGAC